CUGCAAAAGAGAGAGUUGUUGGGCUGGUCCUCUAGCCUGCUCCAGCGCAUUCCUGCAUCUCCAGGGCUGCCGGUGCUCCGGGUCAGCCCCGCCCGGCCCGCCCUCGCGGCUCCCUGCCACCCUCUCGCGGGCGCGCUCUGGGUGGGGCCUCUCGGGCAGUGGAGAUGCCGCCGAGUGCGCUGGGCCGGUGAUGCGAGCCGGCUGGGCGGCGCGCCGGGGCAGCCCCAGCCGUGCGCCGCGUCGCUGUAAUCGGACACCCGAGCGCUCGCCCCCUGCGCCCGGCCACUUUUCCAUUCACUCCGAGGUGCUUGAUUGAGCGACGCGGAGAAGGGCUCCGGGUGCCACGGCACUACAGGGUUGAGGAUUCCUGUACAAAGAAACUCAGAGGACCUGGGGAAAAAAAAAAAAAAGAAUAUCACGUUGGGACGCUCUAGAAAUUAAGGUCUUCUGAGAAAAGGACUGGAGAGACUGGCGGAUCCAUUCCGGUUGUAAAUUGGUGACCGUUCCGUGCUGAGCUCUUCCAACCUCGGUAUUUUCCCUUGGAUAUUAACUUGCAAAUCUGAAGAAAUGGCAUUCCAGGCAAUUUGCGUGUUGGUUGGAGUAUUUAUUUGUUCUAUCUGUGUAAAAGGAUCUUCCCAGCCCCAAGCAAGAGUUUAUUUAACAUUUGAUGAACUCCGGGACACCAAGACCUCUGAGUACUUCAGCCUGUCCCACCACCCUUUAGACUACAGAAUACUUCUAAUGGAUGAAGAUCAGGAUCGGAUCUAUGUGGGCAGCAAAGACCACAUUCUCUCCUUGAAUAUUAACAAUAUAAGUCAAGAACCCUUGAGUGUUUUCUGGCCAGCAUCUGCAAUCAAAGUUGAAGAGUGCAAAAUGGCUGGCAAAGAUCCUACACAUGGCUGUGGGAACUUUGUCCGUGUAAUUCAGACUUUCAACCGCACUCAUCUGUAUGUCUGUGGCAGUGGCGCUUUCAGCCCAGUUUGCACUUACCUGAACAGAGGGAGGAGGUCAGAGGACCAAGUUUUCAUGAUUGACUCCAAGUGUGAAUCUGGAAAAGGACGAUGCUCUUUCAACCCCAAUGUGAACACUGUAUCUGUUAUGAUCAAUGAGGAGCUUUUCUCAGGAAUGUAUAUAGAUUUCAUGGGGACAGAUGCUGCUAUUUUUCGAAGUUUAACCAAGAGGAAUGCAGUCAGAACAGAUCAACACAAUUCCAAAUGGCUGAGUGAACCGAUGUUUGUGGAUGCACAUGUCAUUCCUGAUGGAACUGAUCCAAAUGAUGCUAAGGUGUACUUCUUCUUCAAAGAAAAGCUGACUGACAAUAACAGGAGCACAAAACAGAUUCAUUCCAUGAUUGCUAGAAUUUGUCCUAAUGACACUGGUGGGCUGCGUAGCCUUGUCAACAAGUGGACCACCUUCUUAAAAGCGCGGCUGGUAUGUUCAGUCACAGAUGAAGAUGGCCCAGAAACACACUUCGAUGAAUUAGAGGAUGUGUUUCUGCUGGAAACUGAUAAUCCAAGGACAACACUAGUGUAUGGCAUUUUUACAACAUCAAGCUCAGUUUUUAAAGGUUCAGCCGUGUGUGUGUAUCAUUUAUCUGAUAUACAGACUGUGUUUAAUGGGCCUUUUGCCCACAAAGAAGGGCCCAAUCAUCAGCUGAUUUCCUAUCAGGGGAGAAUUCCAUACCCUCGCCCUGGAACUUGCCCAGGAGGAGCAUUUACGCCCAACAUGCGAACCACCAAGGAGUUCCCUGAUGAUGUUGUCACUUUCAUUCGGAACCAUCCUCUGAUGUACAAUUCCAUCUACCCAAUCCACAGGCGGCCUUUGAUUGUCCGCAUAGGCACGGACUACAAGUAUACGAAGAUCGCUGUGGACCGAGUGAAUGCUGCGGAUGGUAGAUACCAUGUUCUGUUUCUUGGAACCGAUCGGGGGACUGUACAGAAGGUGGUGGUCCUUCCCAAUAACACCUCCACCAGUGGAGAGCUCAUUCUGGAGGAGCUGGAAGUCUUUAAGAAUCAUGUUCCCAUAACAACAAUGAAAAUCUCAUCCAAAAAGCAACAGUUGUACGUGAGCUCCAAUGAAGGGAUUUCCCAAGUGUCCUUGCAUCGCUGCCACAUCUAUGGGACAGCCUGUGCUGACUGCUGUCUGGCAAGGGACCCCUACUGUGCCUGGGAUGGCCACUCUUGCUCUAGAUUCUACCCAACUGGGAAGCGGAGGAGCCGAAGGCAAGAUGUGAGACAUGGAAAUCCACUGACUCAAUGCAGAGGAUUUAACCUAAAAGCAUAUCGAAAUGCAGCUGAAAUUGUCCAGUACGGAGUAAAAAAUAACAUCACUUUUCUUGAGUGUGCCCCCAAGUCUCCACAGGCAUCUAUCAAGUGGUUGCUACAGAAAGACAAAGACAGGAGGAAAGAGGUUAAGCUGAAUGAGCGUAUUAUAGCCACUCCACAAGGACUCCUGAUCCGCUCUGUUCAAGAUUCUGACCAAGGACUGUAUCACUGCAUUGCAACAGAAAACAGCUUCAAGCAGACCAUAGCCAAAAUCAACUUCAAAGUUUUAGAUUCAGAAAUGGUGGCUGUUGUGACAGACAAGUGGUCACCGUGGACCUGGGCCAGCUCUGUGAGGGCUUUACCUUUCCACCCAAAGGACAUCAUGGGUGCAUUCAGCCACUCAGAAAUGCAGAUGAUCAAUCAGUACUGCAAAGACACUCGACAGCAACAUCAACAGGGGGAAGAAUCACAAAAAUUGAGAGGAGACUACGGCAAGUUAAAGGCUCUCAUCAAUAGCCGAAAAAGUAGAAACAGGAGAAAUCAAUUGCCAGAGUCGUAAUGUUUUCAUACGUGGGGCUUAUGCUUCUAGUAACAAAUGCUCUGUCUUCAAUGAUCAAAUUUUGAGCAAAGAAUCUUGUUCUUUACCCAUGAAAAAUUCCUGAGAAAAGGUGAUUACUCACUUCUAGAGUGAGUUUUACAUGAACUGAAAUGAGCAUGCAUUUCGUGUAUGAUAUUGACUAGCAGUAGACAUGUCAUGGUCCUCAUGGUGCAUAUAAAUAUUUAACUUAACCCAGAUUUUAUUUAUAUCUUUAUUCAUCUUUUAUUCAAAAUCAAUGUGGUAGCUACAGAAGUAGAAUUGUUACAUCCCUCAAUUGAAUGAGGGUAGUAACACUGGUAUUUCUUCCCUACUUUGGGGGUUUAGAUUUCUGAUUGGCAAUGAUUUUACAUAUGAAAAUAAAUUCUAUUUCACAACUUUCACAUAGGUAAAGUCAUGUAAAUGCAUGUGACAUGACAGAAUGCCAUCGGAAGAAAUGUAAGAUAGAUAAUGUACAGGGAAGAGGGCAUCUAAGCAUUAUUUAAAAACAUGAGUGAUUCAUAAAAAGAAAAUGAUGAGUUUAUGCUUCCAGUGAAAUUACUAUUUUUUUUUAAGAUUGUAAAAUUUGUCAGUUGCUGAUACUUGUCAUUGAUCUUGGUUCUUUUGUUUCAGAAAGCUAAAGUGAAUAAUCUAUACCCUAAAGAUCUUUGAUGGAGUUAAAGCAAUGGAACAUGUAGGUUUAUAUUGUUGUCAUCUUCCAGACAAAAGUUGUUUGGAAGUUAUUUAAGUUAUUAUAGACUUAAAUAUAAUCUUACAUUAUUUAAUUGAUUACUAUUUUGGUUCUAAUUUUUUAUCUGUGUGGCAAAUUAAACAAUAUAAAAAGAAAACGUUUUGAAGUAUCAAACUUCUCCAUGGGGGGUGAAAACCAUCAAAAAGGAAAAAAAAAUAAAGUAGAAAUUUUCAUGUUAUCAUGAAGAAUUUAUAACAAAUGUGGCUAAUUUUCAAUUUCAAUCAUCAAGUUCUAUGAUUUAUUCUCUUUUUAAAAAAAUCUCACAUCAUACUGAUUUUUCAGUCACACCCUAUCUUUUAUAUUCAUAUGUGUGUGGUGGAGAGGUGCUCCUUAUGUCAAAAAAGGAAAAA